AUGAAAGCAUUUGAACAGUUCACAUCAAGUUCUGUGUACUUGCUUAGCUCAAUGGCAACAACGAUUAUAAACAAGUACAUUCUGUCUGAUUUGCAAUUUGAAAUGCAAUAUCUACUUGUGAUGCUCCAAUCGCUCGCGAUUGUUUGCUCAUUGCUGUUUCUGAGAAGAAUCGGUGCCGUGGACUUCGAGCUCACAAGAUUCAGAAAGUGGCUGCUUCCAUCUUUAUUGCUGACCGUGAUGAUAUUUUCUGGAUCGAAGUCACUGUAUUACCUGCCGAUCUCAAUAUACACGUUGUUUAAGAACAGCAGUAUUGUGAUUACUGCACUGCUGGAAAAAAGACUCUUCAACAGAAGGAUAUCUUCAUUGGCAUAUGCAUCGUUCAUGCUAAUGAUUGGAAGCUCGUAUAUAGGCGAUUAUUCAGAGGCGAUUCUUGCCACUGGAUAUGCCUGGAUGCUGAUAAAUAUUCUGUCGACCACAGCCUAUGUGCUUUCGCUGAAAGUAGCCAUUGAUACAGACAGUAAAGCAAAGACAGAGUCUGUGUACUACUCGAGCCUUGUGUCUUUGCCGAUUCUUGCGCCCUUAUCAUUUGUGUUUGAUGGCAAAAGCAGCAAAGGGAUUUCCAUAGGAGUGCUAGCAUGGGUGUUUGUAUCAUCUGUUUGUGCGUUUUUCACAUCAUUCAGUACUGCAUGGACAUUGAAUGUUCUUUCAUCAACGACUCUUGGGAUGCUUGGAGCACUGAACAAAAGCAUUGGGUCAUUUCUUGGCAUCAUUGUGCUGAAUGAAAGCAUAAAUACGUGGAAGGUGUUUUCCUUGAUGCUGGGAUCGGUUUCUGUGGCAAUGUAUUCGUAUGGACUUUCGUUUGGGCACAAGUAG